AUGGAUUUGGGGGAGAAGGAGAAGUUCGAGAUGGAGAGGAGGAAUGAGGAGAAUCCCCUGGGCUUCCAUGGCUACAUGGCCGCAGAUUCCUUCCGCCCCCGUCUCUGGGACCAACCCACGACUUCCCAAAACUCGCCCUUCUGCGACGCCACCAGAGGCCCUUCUCUGGCCGCGCCGCCGCGGCUCGAGAUGGGUUGGAAUGCCCCGGACUCCAUCCCGAGGGCCGGCGGCGGCGCCGCCGCCAGCUGCUUCGGGCUCCUCCCGCAGAGCCGGCCGCAGUUCCCCGACGACCCGGGCUUCAUCGAGCGGGCGGCGAGGUUCUCCAACUUCAGCAGCUUUCUCCCGAACACCUUCCGAGUCAACGACCCGGCGGGCAUCUACGGCGCGCCGCCGCCGCCACCGCAGAAGGGCGAGGCCAUCGCCGGAGAAACCUCUCAGAGUGCCGCCGCCUCUGUUGACAAUGGGUUUAACGGGGGGAGCCCUCAGAAGGGUCGGAGAGACGCCGGCGGCGAGCCGGAGUUCUCCGGUGGAGCCCUGCCGGAGACCCCCAAUUCGGACAACACUCACGACGAGCCUCCUUCCAAAGGACCCUCCUCCGGCGCCAAGAAGCGGAAGAGAGGGAACCAGGUAGGCCAUUCCGCCUCCUCUUCUUCCUCCGACGACGUCCCCAUUGCAGGACCUUCAAGCUUCUUCAUCCUUCCCUCCUCGAUCUGACAGGAAACUGAGACGGACCAGGGGAGGGCCGAGACCCAGUUCUCCGGCGAGACCUCCCAGGAGAACGCCGACGGCAAGCAGAGGAGCGAGCCGAAGAGUUCCUCGCCGGCGGGGAAAGGCGGCGGGAAGAACAGCGUUGACGGCGGCGGGGAGGCUCCCAAGGAGGACUACAUCCAUGUCAGAGCCCGGCGCGGCCAGGCCACCAAUAGCCACAGCCUUGCCGAGAGGGUAAGUAAGCUCCUGCGGGAAGAAUAACCAGACUCCCCGUCAGUUUUCAGUUUCAGUUUCAGACCCCGUUGACCGGAGAGUUGCUUUGAAUCCACAGCUGAGGAGGGAGAAGAUCAGCGAACGGAUGAAGUUCCUCCAGGACCUCGUGCCUGGUUGCAGUAAGGUGGGUUCUUCAUCUUUGUUCUUCCCCUUCGUCUCCAAAUGAAUGGCUCCACCUUCAGUCUGGUCUGAGAUUCGAGAGGUUGCAGGUGACGGGAAAGGCUGUGAUGCUGGACGAGAUCAUCAACUAUGUCCAGUCUCUGCAACGGCAGGUGGAGGUAAUCGAUCCCCCCAUCUUCUCCUUGCUCCUGCCCUCCUCUUCCGGAAGGGAGAUCUACCAUGGCUGAAGCCUGAUCAGCAAAGGAGGAAGAACAGGAAAAAAGAUGAAAAACUGUGAUUUCUUCUUCCAUGAGACCUAUUUAUUCCGGAUUUCUUUCCACAGUUUCUGUCGAUGAAGCUCGCGACGGUGAACCCUCGGCUGGACUUCAACAUCGAGAGCCUCCUCUCCAAGGAGGUGGGGUACCUCCAGACAGUGAACACGGAAGACCAGGAAACAGAAAAAAAUUAUAUUUUUCCGUUCUGGGCUUGAUCCAUUCGAUGGGAUUCCUCUCUCGCAGAUGCUGCAGCCGAGGGGGAUCUCUUCGUCCUCCUUCGAUUUCUCUCCAGAGUUGGCCCAUCCCCAGCUGCAUCCUCCUCAACAGGGAUUGAUCCAAUCGGGCAUUCCUGGAUUGGGAAACUCUUCGGACCUCCACAGGAGAUCCAUGAACGCUCAGCUCACUGCAAAUCAGGUACGUUUACCCCAUCAAGCCGCCAUUUUUAGAAGUCUCCUCCUCACUUCCUGGAGCACAUCUUUUUUGUCGCAUAGAUUCGACCCAGAGAGUGACGAUGAAGUGGCUCUUUUCUGAAGCCACGGAGCUGUUUGCAUUGAAAUCCCCAUUACUUUGCUUAAAUCCCUUGUUUCGAUUAAUCCUCAUAUCCACUGGUGAUGGAGACAGAAAACCCACGUCUCUCUAAAUAGUAAAUUAUCCAAGAAAACUGGAAGAUAUCCGAGCCUAGAAACCGAGGAAGCAACCAAAAAAAAAAAAACCGAAUGAGACCAAUUCCCAUGGCGGCUUAUAAAGAUUGCUCGAGGGGAGAACACAUGAAUAAUUUUCAUCAAGUAACGUGGAGUCGUAAGCCGGAAUUAUCAUCUAGUUUUUAAAUCCGGUGAUAUUAUCGUCUGUGGUGCAGAUGCCCGGUGCCUGGGACGAAGAACUCCAUCACGUCAUUCAGAUGGGCUUCGGCGGGAGCACUCAUCUGGGCGUCCAAGACUUGCAUGGUGAGUCGUCCCACAUUGAGCACCAAGAUGAUGAUGAUGAUGAUGAGCAGUGGAAGCCUUGUGAUUUUUCAUAUUUUUUCUCUGCAUUGGCCAAUUCCACUUCCCUCCCUAAGUUCAUGCGACCUUGA